GCAGUAGUAUCAGUAUAUACGAAGAUGCAGAUUACCACCAUGUGGCCAUUUUUUAUUCUUCUUAUUGGCCUGCUUCUUAAAGAAACAACACAAGUUUCAGCUAUAAGAAUAAGAUCACUAUCAGCAAUAUUAUCUUCAUCAAAGCCUGGCUGCCCAGAAAAAUGCGGCAACUUAACCAUUCCUUAUCCAUUUGGGAUAGGAAAAGGGUGUUACUUCAAUGAGCCAUUUGAAGUGAGGUGCAAUAACAACACUGCUUUUAGUCAUGGUCUUUAUUAUAGAUCUGUGAAACACAUAUCCAUGGACACCAUCACGGUUGUUGUUCCUUCCAUUCCUUAUCCCUACAACAAAUCAUCGGGAAAGAACAUUUACGGUGAUGAAUACACCACGGGAAAAUCCAUCGGCGAGCAUUUCAGUGUUUCCAUCAAGAAUAAUUUAGUAGCCAUUGGGUGUGAUAUUUAUGCUUAUAUCAAAGAUUUAGACAACAGUAGUAGACGUCAAGACAAUAUUGUAAGUGGACGUGCUUCUUUCUGCGAUAGUGGUGGAGCUAAUGGUUCACUGCUCUAUGACUCCAAUAAUGCUCUAUCUUCAGCUUCAUCAUCUUAUUGCACUGGGAAUAAUGGUUGUUGUCAGUCUGCUUUUUCAAGAAUGCCAAGAAUUCCCUUUGCCUCCAUACAAACAAUGAACACGGAGAAAACAUCAUGGGCAUCUAGCAAUUGCACCUAUUUCUUAGUUGUGGAGAAAGGCAUUUCUGAAUCUGAAUUCACUCAAUUACUUGGUAAGUGCAAAAAAGAUGAUUAUUAUAAAGGCAGGCUGGCGGUGAACUGGGUAAUUGGCAAUGUUAGUUGCGACAAUGCCACCAGAACGCCAAAAUAUGCAUGCGGAAUGAACAGUAGGUGCGUUGAUGACACUACUAGACCUACUGAGGGAUAUCGGUGCAAUUGCUCUCCUGGUUAUCAAGGCAACCCUUACCUCCCUAAUGGAUGCCAAGACAUCAACGAGUGUGCAAGUCAAAAAGGGAAGCAUUCAUGUCCCAAUGAUGCUCGCUGCAUAAAUACUCCUGGCAGUUUCCUGACCCAAAUGAUGUGAAACAUAUGCUGACUACACAACU